AUGCUUUCCGAACUUCCAAUAGAGCUCCUGCUCGGGAUUUGCGAGUCUCUACAAAAAAAAGACAUUCUAGCGCUACGCCUGGUCUGCCAACGUUUUUAUUCGCUUUUCACCGAUGUGCUCUUCCGACGCAUUGUGUGUGAUGAAGUCCCACUGCUUUUUCGUGCCGUGGAGGCCCAGAGACUGGACAUUGCAGCGCUGCUCCUUCACGAGUACCACGUCGAUAUCGAUUGUCUGUACGCUGGCAAGACUGCGCUUCUUCUCGCUAUUGGCCUGCGCUAUCCACAGGCCGUGGAUCUGAUCUUGCAAUAUCGGCCCGACGUGCGCUAUUGCUGCGACUUUGGAGGUCGAGGGCCUCUGUCACUUGCAGUGAUCGGCGGAAAUACUGCUAGCGUGGAGCGGAUUCUCCAGUGUCAAGAGAUUGAUGUCAACGAUCGAUGCUCGGAUGGGCUGUCUGCCUUAGUAUACGCGCUGAAGCAUCGCGAGUACUUUGCCCUCCAACUUCUACUUGCUGAUUCUCGAGUGGAUGUCAAUCUCGCAGAUUCUCUCGGCUGGACGCCACUGCAAGCUGCGGUUCUCGAAGGAGAUCAUGUAGCAGCCCAGAUGCUGUUGCGACAUGCAGCAAUCGAUAUCAACCAUCAGAGCUCCCAGCAUGACGCCCCUCUCCUGUUAGCUGUGAAAAGGCUCAGUGACCUGCAAUCUGUUCUCAUGGUCGACUCUCUUCUCUCGCAUUCGAAAUUAGAUGUGAACAUAUCGGACAUCAACGAACAAACGGCUUUAUGGCACGCAGUCAACCGUGGCCACUAUGACCUGGUGAAAUCACUUCUACGUCAAAGCGAUUUGAGAUUGAACGAUCCUGAUCGAUAUGGGGUGACGCCAUUAGCCCGAGCUGCCGAGAGGCCUGUUCUGUCCGUCCUUGAAUUGCUAUUGCAACAGCGGCAGAUAUGCAUCAACUCUCAGUCUACACACAUCGUGCCUCCGCUCUGGUCUGCAUGCCGCGCAGGCAACUCUCCCGCAGUGAAGGCACUCCUUCGUCUGAGGUCAGUCCAGCCUAAUCAAAGAGGCCCUACUGGAACCACGCCGCUCCAAGUAGCUGUGUAUUCCAACCAUCUAUCCGUUGUAUCUCUGCUACUCCGUCAAAGAAACAUGGUUGAUAUCAACGCCCGUGGUCACCAACAAUGGACAGCCAUCUUCUUUGCUGCCGCUAAUGGACAUGUCACCAUGACCGAAACCUUGUUGGGGCAUCCUGAUAUCAACCUGAACUUGAUUGAUGAUCAAGGACGAACCCCACUCUGGUGGGCAGAACACGGGCAGCAUUCGAGAGUAGUCAAUCUGCUGCGCAAGCACGGUCGAUCAAGAAAGCGAAAGCGUCAUUUGGCUUGA